GUCAAACACGGUAAAUAUAGAUCAAAACAAAAACAAACUAAAAGUUGCAGGAAUUUCACGUUGGUUUCGGGAGUGUGUUCCUCCUUGCGUUCAUUCAAUAUUGCAAUUACUUUAUUGAUUUAAUUGAAACAGAACAUUACAACCAAAACCCAUGUCAUCAAUCCCCAACGAAUCACUGGACGAUGACGACCUACUGGCCAAUCUGGAUCUACCAUCGCCACCAAAAAAACUAGCUUUACCAGAUUCAGCUGCUGAAGGCAGCAGCAGCAAUAGCACCACCGUCCAGCAGCAGCAACCAAAAAUCAACAAAGGAAACUGCAUUCUGGUCAAUCCAAAACAGCGCGGUAACCCGCUGCUAAAAUCAAUCCAGAACGUCCCCUGGGAGUAUGACGAUAUCGUGCCGGACUAUGUGGUUGGUACUACCGGGUGUAUCCUAUACAUUUCGUUGCGUUACCACAAUCUUAAUCCGGACUACAUACACGGACGGUUGAAGCAGCUGGGUAAGAUGUACGAGCUAAGGGUACUGCUUGCGCAGGUUGACAUUCCCGAACCGCACAAUGCACUGAAACAUCUGACGCGGAUCUGUCUGCUGGCUGAUUUGACGUUGAUGCUGGCCUGGAAUGCUGAGGAAGCGGGCCGGAUCGUUGAAACGUACAAGUUGUUCGAGAAUAAACCACCGGAUUUGAUUAUGGAACGGGCGGAGCAGUAUCCGUAUCAGAAGUUGGUAAGUGCACUAACCAACAUCAAACCGAUCAACAAAACGGAUGCGAUGACAUUGAUUCAGAACUACGGUACGCUGGCCAAUAUGAUCAAUAGUAGCGAGGAAAAGCUGUCGCUUUGUGCGGGGUUGGGUCCACGGAAGGCAAAAAAACUACACAAAACUUUUAAUGAGAACUUUUUGAGGUGAUAGAAUCGUAUAGAUUAAAUAUUUAUUAAAUUAUUAUCCAAUUGGUCAACAAUAAAUUGAAACAUCAUUUUUCCACUUAUAAGACUAAACAAAUUAAACAAUAACAAUUUAUUUCCAUUGUUCUUAAAUUGUGGCACAUCGUUAAU